UUUGGUUCUUUUUUUCUGAACGUUCAACUCAAGCAUACAUCCUGUUACCGUGUCUUCCGUGGAAUAACUGUGCUACCUCUGCAGUGUACUGUGUUUGUGUGGUUUGGUGUAAUGUUUUUGUGUGUGGUGUCCUCUUUCCUCGCGCACAACAAGACAGCAUGACCAGAGAUUAAUUAUUCAAGGACCAACAGCCAAAGGGGAGUCACCUGAUAGUACGGACUUACAAUAUUACAACCUGAUAUCAGGUGAAACGGUAGACCCUGCUUCAUCUUCUUUUCUGCUUGUUCUGCACCUCCCUCUCUCCGUUCCGCAGCUACAGUUCAUGAAGACUUGAAAAAGAACUUUCAAAAACACAGCUACAAGUGGAAUUUUUUUUUGUUUUGGGUGUUUACUUUUUCAAUCCGUUAAAACUUUUGCUGCUUCUUCCUUUUUUGCCAAUGCUUGUCACUAACAAACAGUUGAGUCUUGGUCGCUCCCACAGUUGGGACACAUUAGGAGGGAAUGAGGGUCAGUGGGACAGGGCUGAGAGUGUCUACGAGCAGCAGGCAAGAGUAGCUGGCCGGCGGAGCUCUCUGUCAUACGGAGAGGGAGGAGGGUGGUACGAGCCUCCACCAGGAGUGCAGCCCCCUGACCUGGAUUUGAAACGCGACCCGUAUUCCUACCAAGACUCUCUCUACGGACAGGUUUACGCAGACCGACACGACCUAAGGGGGUUGAGGAAGGGCUCAGUGCCUGAUCUAAAUCAUUACGAACGUGUACCAAUGGCUCACCGAGGAUCCAUUCCGCAUCAGGAUUACUACUCUCAUGACCCGGCUAUGACUCCUCGGCCGCCUGAGGGCUUUUACCGGCCAGAACACCAGCCUCUGCCGCCUCACCCUCAUCCACUCAGUAGGUCAGGCUCUCAUUUCGGGAUGGCUCCUGGGGCUCGUAAUGUGUGGGAUCAAGGUCAGGGAGGGAGAGCAGGACCUCAAGCCCCCGCAUCGCCUCUACCUCCUCCUCCCCCUCCUCCAACCGCUCAGGAGUUGAACCGGGCUUACAGGGAACCUGGUGCUGUAACUGCUGCCAAAAUGACGCCAGAUGGCCAACGCAUACCCUCCCGAGACCCAUCUCCUGCUCACUAUGGUAUGGAGCAUGCAUCUCCUCGGUAUGCCAGUGAGCCUCCACCUCUGACCGGUCAGUCUGUCUAUACUGAUGUUAAUGGGCGCCCUUUGGAUCCACAGCAGCAGGCUGCUACCUGUCUAGUAGUGGAUCCAGCCAGUCAAGGUAUGAUUAUGAGGCAAGAGACAGCCUCACCUUUCACCAUUCAACAACAGCAGCAAUUACAACAGCAGCAACAAAUACAACAGCAGCAACUUCAACAACAACAAUUGCAACAGCAACAAAUACAACAGCAACAGUUACAACAACAGCAACUACAGCAGCAACAAUUACAACAGCAACAGCUUCAACAACAACAGUUACAGCAAGAACAGUUGCAGCAGCAUCUGCAACAGCAACAAUCCCUGCCACCCCCACCUACCAUGCCCAUCUCUGACCCUAACUUUUCUAUGGCAGCUCCACUUCCCACUCCACCUGCCCCAGUGCAGACCGCAGCAGUUUCCCCAGCAGUGCCUGUCCCCAUGCAGGCUGUUCUAACUUCAGUUCCUCCUCCCCCAGUCACUCCACUUCCUGCUCCUCUUCCUGCUCCUACCCCCACUGCGCCACAGACGCCUUUGCCUGUGGACCCCAAGAAGAACGUUGAUCCUGAAUUCCUUGCCCUGCUGCGAAAUGAGGGCCUCUCAGAGAGCACCAUCUCCUCAGUUAUCCAGCAGGGAUUUGACUCCACUAGCAUGCUGGCUGUUAUGGAGGAGAACGAUGUCCGCACCGUUGCCCCCAACCUUGGCCAGGCUCGUGUACUAUUUCGCGUGGUCCACAACUGUAAGCGGCCGGCUGAGGCUCUGCCAGUUCCCUCCCAACCUCAAACACCCAUGCGAGGCCGCUCUAAUAGCUUUAGUCAUCGUUCAGACAUCUACUCCCAGCAGCACCACCAUCCACCACACCCUCCACAGGCUUUGACCGUGGACCCCCAGUUGAUGCCCCCACAUUCUCCUGGGGCCAUGCAGACCAUCUCCCCAAGGAUGGGAGAAGUUAUGGGUAGGAGGCCGAGCAGUGCCCCCUCUCAGCACCUCCUGGAAGCCUCUGGAGGCUACCCAGGCCAACCACCUCGCUCCCCAGGACCAUACGCUGGAGCCAUUAUGCCUGUUCAAUCAAGACCCAUGUCUGCCUACUCUUCUGGGAUGACAAUGCCAGGGAUGCACAUGCAGGGUAUGCAGAUAAUGCCACAGCAGAUGACUGGGUCAAUGCCAGCCAUAGCAGGGUCUAUGCACUCCAUGCAAGGUAUGCCACAGCAGAUGCCCGUGUCCAUGCCAGCUUUACCACAGCCACCACAACAGGUACCAAAAGCUUACUCUACAAAUUACACAGUGCCCAUGGAGCUGAUGAAGAGGGACAGGAACUUACUGCCAUUGUCACCCAUGCAUAGCCCUCACCCCAGUCCUCAGCAGAUGCGUAAGGGUGGUGGAACUGCACCAGACAAUGCCCUUGUCCCUAUGGGAGCACCAGGCCAAGGCCAAGGUGCCCUGGUUGCUAACCAGAAGCUAAGUCGCCGCACAGGUCCACCAGUCAUCGUGUCCACUAUGGCAUCUCCAGAUACAAGUAUUCGGCCCCAGAUUAUGAAUGGGCCUAUGCACCCACGCCCCCUGGUGGCGCUGCUGGACGGGCGCGACUGCACCGUGGAGAUGCCCAUCCUCAAAGAUCUGGCCACCGUGGCUUUCUGCGAUGCCCAGUCCACACAGGAAAUACAUGAAAAGGUGCUGAAUGAGGCUGUAGGGGCCAUGAUGUACCACACCAUCACCCUGACCAGAGAGGACUUAGAGAAGUUCAAGGCGCUGCGCAUCAUUAUCCGCAUCGGCAGCGGCUACGACAACAUCGACAUCAAGGCUGCCGGGGAGCUCGGCAUCGCGGUGUGCAAUAUUCCCUCAGCGGCGGUAGAAGAAACAGCAGACUCAACACUUUGUCACAUACUCAACCUGUACCGGCGAAACACCUGGCUGUACCAGGCUCUCCGGGAGGGCACGCGGGUCCAGAGUGUAGAGCAGAUACGGGAGGUGGCGUCGGGGGCGGCCAGGAUCCGAGGAGAGACGCUUGGCCUCAUCGGAUUUGGUCGAUCAGGCCAGGCGGUGGCAAUGCGGGCCAAGGCGUUCGGCUUCAACGUGAUCUUCUACGACCCCUACCUCCAGGACGGCUUGGAGCGCUCGCUGGGCGUUCAGCGAGUCUACACGCUCCAGGACCUGCUCUACCAGAGCGACUGCGUCUCCCUGCACUGCAACCUGAACGAACACAACCACCACCUCAUCAACGACUUCACCAUCAAACAGAUGCGUCAAGGUGCUUUCCUGGUCAACUCGGCGCGGGGAGGUCUGGUGGAUGAGAAAGCUUUGGCUCAGGCCCUGAAAGAAGGCAGGAUACGGGGAGCCGCAUUGGACGUCCACGAGUCGGAGCCUUUCAGUUUUUCCCAAGGUCCUCUGAAAGACGCCCCCAACUUGAUCUGCACACCCCACACCGCCUGGUACAGCGAGCAGGCGUCGCUGGAGAUGAGAGAAGCCGCCGCCACAGAAAUACGCCGAGCCAUCACUGGCCGUAUUCCUGACAGCCUCCGAAACUGCGUCAACAAAGAGUUCUUUGUCACCACAGCACCCUGGGGGAUGAUGGAGCAGCAGCAGCCACAAGUUCACCCUGAGAUCAAUGGUGCCGCCUACAGAUUCCCUCCUGGCGUGGUGGGUGUUGCCCCUGGCGGAAUUCCCGGAUCUAUGGAGGGGUUGGUGCCUGGGGGAGUGCCCAUCGCCCACACCCUGCCCCCCGGUACCCAUCCGUCACAGGCCACCUCCCCCAACCAACCCUCCAAACAUGGCGACCCCAUGAGAGAGCACAUGACUGAGCCGUAGGACUGCUGCCGCAACCGAGCAAAAGGGGGGCUGAAAACCUGAUGUAAACUAAAAGAAAACCCAGCGACCGGCCAACUCAACCAUCCAACUUGUACGCUUGACUUCAGCCAUCUGAACCUACCAGCAGACUGCCUGCCGGGCAACGUUUCACACGUCUUCUUUUUGUAUGAAACCACUAAGCCCAAGUGAGGACAGCGGAUGUUAAUACACACACACACACACACACACACACACGAGCUGCCACACUGAGAUGGUACUGACGGUCAAACUCAUGCGCCGAAGAUUGGAAACCUCCCCCCCCCCCCUCCAUAAUCUGUUUCUGUUCGUCCUUGAUUUAAGUGAUGUUUUUGUUUUUAUCUUUAUUUUUUUGAGUAUAUUUUAGGGAGAAUUCCUCCUGACUCCUGGGACACGUUGACUUUACCACGUGCAGGAUGGAAACAUGACCCACGCUCCCUACUUUUAAAGGGGGGAGGCUGAAGGGACAGGGACUUAAUAAACGAUCCGUCGAGCCUCCGCUUUCCCUCCUCCCUCGUCAGUUUCACCCAUUUCAGCGCAAAAAUGUCCUGUGUUAUUUUGUUUUUGUUUUUUUUUAUUUUCUUCUGUUUAUCCUAUAUUCUGUGUUUCUGUUGCAAGUGAAUAUCUGUUUUUUUUUGUUUUUCUGUUCUUCAGUGUGUGAAAAUGAAUGGAUUUACAGUUACACGUAUGUUUAACAGACAAGAAAAGUCAGCUGAUGACAACAGCAGCAUCUGCCGUCUCUGUCAGAAAAAUCUGGACUCCAUCUUUGCUUCUUUUUUUCCAAUCGUCGUGGCUGGUGGCCCCUGAAUGUAGAGACGAGAUGCGGGGCAGCAGAUGUGGUUUUCCAGUUCCAGGAAGAAUAUUUUGGCUUAUGAGGUAAAAAAAAAAGAGAAAAAAAAAAGACCCUUUUCAACCAAAAAAUGGCAAGAAGAUAAAAAAGAAAACGACCAUUCGUGGUUAGAUAUUUUCUGUUGAGUGUGUCAUCUCAAUUAAAUAUUGCUGUUGUAACUUUUCCAACUCUGCUGAACUGAGGUACCUACGAUAUUUGGUUAUUGUCACGAACAGCGUCCCAAAUGUUAUCUGUUCGCAUCCAAAGGACCUACAGUACAUUGCAGCACCAGCUAGCGAGGUAGGAAAGUGUUUGGGAAAAAAAAAAAAAUCUCUUACUGACUCAGGAAAAAAUAUUAACCCUCAAAUAUGUCCAAAUCUAAACAGAAAUGGGGGGAAAAAAAACAAGUCUGGAUUAUCGCUUUUCAUGUCUCCACCUCUUUCUCCAUUGUGGUAUUUUUUUAUAUAUCAAAUGUACGUUUUUUGAUGUUCAAGGUUUUCAGUCCUGUUAGAUUUGUAUUGCCUUGUUAAAUGUUCUUAUAAUCAUAGUCUUAUGUGAACGACCCCACCCUCUCCUCCUUAUAGUUUCUUUGUUUUUCUGCUCUAAUGAAAUCCAGCUGUGGCUCUCGGAGGCAUCGUGCCCUCUGUGAACAACAGCAGCCACAUUCAUUCCUUUUAGCCCCACGACGUUAGCAAGAGACGGCUGCUAGCAGAUUGUUUGGUUUUUAGUGUGAGUAUUUGUAUUUGUUUCUUGUACAAGGUGAACAUAUAGCAUACAGUGCAGCUGGAAACAAUAAAUAAAACUUACUGUUCUGAUUGA